AUGGCUAGCGUAGAGGCUCUUCUCGGCCCGCCCCCAGCAGGCAUGGAUCUAUCAGAGAGCCAAGUUCACACGAUUACAGGAACCAUUAGUGCGAUGGUGGCCCUUUCGACAAUUAGUGUUUUUUUGCGCAUCUACAUAAGACUUGCGGCCAAGAAGGUCGGAUUGGGACUCGAUGAUUGGACAAUAAUCGCCGCUCAGACUGCCUGGGCAUAUAGCUUCGUCUAUAUCUCUUGUUUGGUUCUCGUGAAGUCCUCGAUUAUAGCCUUUUACCGCCGUAUCUUCAACAUGAACUGGGCCAUGUGGAUAUGCAUCUUUAUCGUUAUCAGUUGGGGAGUUGGAAGUCUCGUCGCGUUAUUAGUCGCUUGCCAGCCAAUUUCAUAUUGCUGGAACAAGUAUGUUGAUCCAGAUGGAGGGAAAAGUCUCUUUAACAUCUCCCACUUUUAUAUCGCAAAUGCGGCGGUGAACGUGGCGUCCGACGGCCUCAUUCUCAUGAUUCCGAUGCCAAUAAUUUGGAAGUUGCAAAUGCGAAUAUUUCAAAAGCUCCUUGUCUGUGGAAUUUUCUUACUCGGAGGAUUCGUCAUUGGCGCCAGCAUUAUUCGCAUAUCCUCUCUGACCAGGCUCAAGCACUCUCAUGACAUAUCGUGGGUAAGGGGCAGCAUGGCUAUGUGGUCUCAGAAUGAAAUAUCCGUGGCUGUGAUUUGCGCCUGUUUACCAACAUUACAGCCGAUUUUUCGAAUUUGGGCAAUGAAGUUGACAUCAUGGAGGGGUUGGAGACAAUUUGAUGAGAAUUCACCAAUUCAGCAACUCGCUGGGAAGGAAGACAUUUCAAGGAGCGGAAACACUAAUAUCCGGCCGAAUGGCGAUGAGCCUAUGUUGGCUUGCAGCUGUGUUGAAGUAGAAAGGGACAGCAUUCCCAAUGAUCGCGAUAGCGACAUUGAACACAAUACUGACAUGAUGAGCGUCAAGAUACUGGAGGAUUACCCAGGCCUCUCCCACAAAUGA